AUGACAGCCUUCGAAGAAUUAGUAAGCCAGAUAAAGUUAAUGAGAGAUGAGUUUUCUGGGCUACAAUCCUUAGUCGUAGAAGCUAGCACAAUUGUAAAGGACUUUGGGUUAAGACUCCAAAAUAUAGAGGAUAGGCUUUUGGAUGUGGAAAAAACCAAAGAACUUAUUAAUAAUUUACAAAGCAGAGUGGAUGUCUUAGAAUGUGAAAAGGAUGCGGCUGAGCAAUGGAAUAGAAUGAACAACGUUGAGUUAAAGGGAGUACCACAGACGGCGAAUGAAAACCUGCUUGAUUUAAUAGUAAGCAUAGGAUCUAAAGUAAAUUAUGCUGUGACUAAAUAG